UAUAGUUUAUGACACAAAGCAUUCAUUUCUUUCAGAAAAAUUCAUACUAAAAUUUAACCUGAUGCGAAAAUUUUUUUUUGUGAAUUGAUGCGUAGUUGUUAACAUUGAAAUCCAACAUAACAUAUCUAAAUAAAUUCAUGUGUAGAGCAAAUAAGGGUCGAGCUAUCUGACAAUUUUGUACGUUAAAAAAACUUGUUUAAAUAGUGACUACCAGCAAAAUGGCAGCGGCAGAUUCAUCCACCGACGAUAGCCUAUAUCCGAUUGCAGUUUUAAUUGAUGAAUUGAAAAACGAAGAUGUUCAGUUACGAUUAAAUUCCAUCAAAAAACUAUCAACUAUAGCCCUAGCACUUGGAGCUGAAAGAACACGUAGUGAGCUUAUGCCAUUCUUAACAGAAACAAUUUAUGAUGAAGAUGAAGUUUUAUUAGCACUUGCUGAACAACUUGGAUCAUUUACACCAUUAGUUGGGGGUCCUGACUAUGUGCAUUGUCUACUGCCGCCACUGGAAGCAUUAGCUACAGUUGAAGAAACAGUAGUACGUGAAAAAGCAGUCGAAUCUUUAAGAAUUGUUGCUAAUCAACACAGUUCGUCGUAUCUAGAAGACUAUUUCGUUCCUUUGGUUCAGCGUCUUGCAUCGGGUGAUUGGUUUACAUCAAGAACUUCAGCUUGCGGUCUUAUUAGCAUUUGCUAUCCUCGCAUUAGUCCAACAAUGAAAGCUGAGCUCAGAAAUCAUUUUCGUCAUUUAUGUCAAGAUGAUACACCGAUGGUUCGUCGAGCAGCAGCAUCUAAAUUUGGAGAGUUUGCUAAAGUUGUUGAAAUUGAAUAUCUUAAAUCAGAUUUGAUACCGAUGUUUGUUUUUCUUGCACAGGAUGAACAGGAUUCAGUACGUCUUUUGGCAGUUGAAGCAUGUGUCAGUAUCGCAUCUCUUCUUCAACAAGAAGAUGUUGAACAAUUAGUUAUGCCAACAUUCCGUCAAUGUGCAGCUGAUCAAUCAUGGCGAGUUCGUUAUAUGGUGGCUGAUAAAUUUACUGAUCUACAAAAAGCAGUUGGGCCGGAAAUAACCAAAACGGAUCUUGUUCCAGCUUUUCAAAUACUUUUAAAAGACACUGAAGCAGAAGUUAGAGCAGCUGCAGCUGAAAAAGUUCGCGAGUUCUGCCAAAAUCUUGAUCAAUUUAGUCAAGAAAAUAUUAUUAUGACCAGCAUUUUACCUUGCGUUAAAGAUCUUGUCGCAGAUCUUAAUCAACAUGUUAAAUCAGCUCUUGCUGGAGUUAUAAUGGGUCUCAGUCCGAUUUUAGGAAAACAUAAUACUAUUGAACAUUUGUUGCCAUUAUUUUUAAUGCAACUUAAAGAUGAAUGUCCCGAAGUUCGAUUAAAUAUCAUCAGCAAUUUAGAUUGUGUAAAUGAAGUUAUAGGUAUUCAACAGUUAUCUCAAUCUUUAUUGCCAGCAAUUGUAGAACUUGCUGAAGACUCAAAAUGGCGAGUGAGACUUGCUAUUAUUGAAUAUAUGCCGUUAUUAGCUGGACAAUUAGGGGUUGAAUUUUUUGAUGAAAAGUUAAAUUCUUUAUCGAUGAACUGGUUAGUGGAUCACGUAUAUGCCAUUAGAGAAGCUGCGACUUUAAAUCUCAAAAAAUUAGUAGAAAAAUUUGGUCCUGAAUGGGCACAAAAUACAAUAAUUCCUAAAGUUCUAAAUAUGUCUAGAGAUCAAAAUUAUUUGCACAGAAUGACAUGUCUAUUUUGUAUUAAUGUGCUAGCCGAAGUAUGCGGUCCAGAGAUAACAACAAAAAUUAUGCUUCCAACUGUAUUAGCAAUGGCAAAUGAUAACGUUGCAAAUGUAAGAUUUAAUGUAGCAAAAACUCUUCAACGUAUUGGGCCUUACUUAGAAUCAAAUGCUGUACAAACACAAGUGGUACCUGUUCUUGAAAAACUUAAUACAGAUCCAGAUGUUGAUGUUAAGUAUUUCGCUUCUGAAGCAAUUGCCGGAAUAGCAGCGUAGGUUAACCAAGUCUGCUGAAUGCAUUUAUACUAAUCUUAAUAAUAUAAAAAAUACAGUUACUCAAAAUACAUGUAAAGGAAACGAAAGUUUGUACGAGCGAAAUAACUGAUAAACAUACAUAUUUUGAAAAGCAAAAAAAAUCAAUAACGAUAAAAAUGAAAAAAAUAACAAUAAUGGUCUUUUUUAAAUAUAAUCGCUUGACACCAGACAUUGUUACAACAAACUAGACACAUGGCAGAGAAAAUUCAGUAAGAAAGAAACAUUAUAAUUAGUCACUUUAAAAAUUAGCAACUAAUGUUAACUCGACUUUGAAAAUUUUCUCGUAUUUGUAUACCUAUAAUAAUAUACUAUGAAAUAGUUUUAAAUAUUCAAAUGAAUUGAGAUCAUAUAUAUUCAUGUAAUACUUAUGUCACUGUCUUUAUGAUUAAAAAUAAUAAACUGAAUAAUUCAG